AUCAUAAACAAAAUGACGAAAGGAAAGAAGUAUGGUUACGGAGUAAACAGGCGUCGGCUGUGGAAGAAGUCAAGAAAGAUGCCCACUAUCACUUGUAAGCCACUGAAGGAAGCAUGGGACCAGAGGAAGAGUUUGGAGAAGAAUUUAGCCGACAUGGGACUGUCUGCCAACCCAAACAAGACGAUACCAAUACCUAAAAUGAAGGAUAAGCUCAAACCAAGGGCAGUUGACAUCUCAGAGAUGGACAAAACUGGCACUGUGGAAUCAAGCGGGCCGUCCAAGAUUUAUGUCUUACAUGCUCUCGAGGACAUGGCCAACGUUCCCACUGGAAGGUCCAUCCGCAUUUCACAAGCGAUGAUGAGCUACUGCACACGCUUGAUGGAGAAAUACGGCGAAGAUUAUAAGGCAAUGGCCCGAGAUCCUAAGAACUACUACCAGGACACACCCAAACAGAUCCGCAAGAAGAUCAACUUAUUCAAGAGCAUACCGGAGCAGUACAACCCAUACAUCAAAGGCAAGAAGACCGGUGAAGGCAGCACAAAUGAAUGCAUGGAUACCAGGUGAUUCAUAGCAUAAUCUCGGCUUUCCUAAGUGUCAUGUUUUUAUUUUUGUUUGAAAGGUGCCCCAUAGCAGUUCAGGGGUGGGCAUUCGAAAUGUACAUGGACUGAAAUUUGUCGACUUCUCAAGGCCUUGUAUUUCAUAAAACAAGACCUCAAAAUUGUAGAUGGUGAACUUGGUGUAUGUUUGUUUGCAAUACUGCCAUCAGUAAUUUGCGUACUUCCUUCUGCAUUUCUGAAUUAGGAUUCUACCUUUACCCAUUUUUAAAAGGAAUUUUCAUGUUUUUUUUUAGGUACAUAUGUACAUGUAUAAUAAGGGAAUAAAUGUGUGUUCGGAAGGUAUUAUAACACUCUGUUUAAGACCGGUUGGAGUCUGGAUGGGGAAGGAAUGGCUCAUUAGGGUUCAAGUAUUGAGAUAAGUGAUUUUAUUUAAUUCUGCAAGGGUAAUUGUCAUCCAUCCAGACUCCAACCGGUCUUAAACAGAGUGUUUAAUACCGACCGAACACAUAUUAUUCCC